AAUGUAAAGUCAUACAAUUGAUUCAACUCCUCACAUACACGAGUGCUGUUGCCGGUAUCUCUUUAUGUUUCAAAUAGUGGUGUUUAACUUUCUUUGGUGGUACAAUCUACCAAACAAUUGGGUCGAACGAAAGAACUAAAUCAUUCAAUGUACUCCAAUUGUAAGUUUUGCCGAGAUGGUGUGCAUCCAAUGGGAGAGAUAGAUUGAUGGGGGAGGCAGGCGGGGGAGUGCCCUCCCAUUACACCGUGCACGCAUAUAUUCUAUCUCUAAAUGUUUCAGAAAGGUAGACAUAUAUAUAGAUAGGAAACUAAAACGGCAGACAGACAGAUUUUAUGUUUUGCAUCACAUAUAGACGGGGCUGUAAAUCCGCCGCAUUGAUGGGAUUUUCAUUAGAACUAAAUCCCUGUUCUAUAGUUUAUUAUUUAGGAUUAGAACUGAACUUUAAAUGUUACUGUUGAGUUAGUAAAUGUGCCGGAGUAGUGCAGGGGUAGAACUGCUGCCAUUUCAGGGGGCUACGGCGAUUCGCGUCGGCUUCAGCUCUUCUUUCCCUUGGUGAAGUCUAUCAGUGGAGAGAGGGGGAAAGAGGGGGACAGAGGACAGUGGAAGAGGGAACGAGGGAGAGACAGAGAGGAGAGGGAGAGAGAGAGAGAGAGGAGAGGGAGAGAGAGAGAGAGAGAGAGAGAGAGAGAAAGCGGACAGCUGCUCUUCACAUGAAUGCACUCAUCUUGUAAAGACCAGACUGCAAACAUGCUCUGGAAACUCGUGGAAAACGUCAAAUACGAAGACAUCUACGAGGACCGACACGAUGGAGUUAACAGUCACAGUUCGAGGCUGUCCCAACUCGGGUCCGUCUCCCAGGGACACUAUUCAACCGCUCCGCCGCUUUCUCACACCCCGACGUCGGACUUUCAACCGCCAUACUUCCCUCCUCCGUACCAACCUCUCCCGUACCACCAGAGCCAGGAUCCUUACACGCACGUCAACGACCCUUACUCCCUGAACGCUCUGCACCAACCUCAGCAGCAUCCCUGGCAACAAAGGCAGCGGCAAGACGUGGGUGCCGAGCCCAGUCUACUACACCAGCCCCGGGUCUUGCCCCAGAUCACAGGGCUGGACCCUCGCCGGGAUUACCCCGGGGUGCGGCGGCCAGACGUGCUUGUCCACUCCGCUCAUGGACUGGAGUCGGGGAUGGGAGAUAGUCUGUCUCUGCACGGUAUCAGCCACCAAGGCAUGGAAGACAUCCAGGCUUUGGAUGACACGGCUACGACUGGCAUGAGUUUAUUGGACCAAUCCGUCAUUAAAAAGGUCCCACUCCCUCAGAAGAAUAUCACAUCCUUGAUGAUGAACAAAGACAAUCUGCUCGGUGGAAUUGCUAACCACAACGAGGUUUUCUGCUCGGUGCCAGGGCGCUUGUCCCUUCUCAGUUCCACGUCCAAGUACAAGGUGACUGUGGGGGAAGUCCAAAGGCGCCUGUCCCCACCAGAAUGCCUGAACGCGUCAUUGCUCGGGGGAGUGCUGAGAAGAGCCAAAUCGAAAAAUGGUGGAAGGUCUUUAAGGGAAAAGCUUGAGAAGAUCGGAUUAAAUUUACCCGCAGGCAGGCGUAAAGCAGCGAACGUCACUUUACUAACUUCACUGGUAGAAGGCGAGGCCGUGCAUUUAGCUCGGGACUUUGGGUAUAUUUGUGAGACGGAAUUCCCUGCCAAAGCAGCCGCUGACUACCUGAACAGGCAACACGCUGAUCCCAACGAGCUGCACUCCAGAAAGAACAUGAUACUGGCCACAAAGCAACUUUGCAAAGAAUUCACAGAUCUGCUGGCGCAGGAUAGAAGUCCUUUGGGGAACACCAGGCCCAACCCAAUACUGGACCCAGGCAUCCAAAGCUGUUUGACUCACUUUAGCCUCAUUACGCAUGGUUUUGGCUCUCCUGCCAUUUGCGCGGCUCUCACGGCUGUCCAGAACUACCUGACGGAGGCAUUAAAGGGACUGGACAAGAUGUUCUUAAACAACAACCCAAAUAGACACACAUCUGGAGGGGAGGCGGGCACCAAAACUGGAGACAAGGAGGAAAAGAACAGGAAAUGAGAAACAUGCCUCCAAACUUUUUAUUUUGUGUAGCUUUAUAUAAAAAGAAUCUUCUAUUGACUUGGAAACAACGACGCACACAUAAAGAAGCAACACUGGGUCAACUGUUUGCAACCAAUGCGGACCUGGAUGCAAGGCUUCAAGAGCAUUUUUAUUGGUAUUUUUCCAGUUUUUCAACACUAUAACUUCCAUUUUAUGUCAGAAUGGCAGGUGAUUUCAAGAUCCGCCCUGGUGACUGCAAACUGAUUUUUUUUUAAUUAUCAAAAAUUCUUUGGUCCAUGUACAUUCCAGAUCUUAUUUUUGUGCACAGUUCUGCAUGAUAUGAGGAUGGAAACAUUCCACCAACAAAAAAGAGAAAAUGACUACCAGGUAACAUGAAAACUUAAUAGUAUGCCACCCAUCUCCACACCUGAUUUGAAAACAUUAGCUUUAAUAUAGAGCUCAUGAUGUAAUGAUUCACACACAGAUUUCAAUAUCUUCUUCUUAUGCCCAUCACCACUACUGGGGUUUAGGCAGCCAACUGUAGCUCACCAGCGUUCUCUGUCUUGGGCACACAGAUUCGUGACUCUCCUUCCUAAGCCCAUCACCAGUACUGAGACCUAGGCUGCCAAUAGCAGCUCACCAGGGUUCUCUGUCCUGGGCCAGACUUUCACUCUUUCAUGGUGUAGCCCAUUGAGGAUCCUUCCUCUCUGAGGGAUGGAGCUUCUGCUGGCAUUUCUGUAGUGAUGAAAUUUUAUGGGAUGGAGUUGCUAGCCCCAUGCCCAACCCUCUUCCUUUCGCAGCCUGGCUUGGGACCGUGCAUAGCAGAGCUCAGAUUCCAACAUUCUGUGACAAUAAGACGUGUUUAACUCCAAGUAAACCCUUGCAGUUUGUGGUAUGACCAUCAACUUUCAUACAACAUGAACCCUAUCUAAAUAAUUUUUCACCUUGGAUUGCAGUUGUCAAAUUAAUUUCAAGGUGGACAGGGCAAAGAGUGCAGUUAGUCAGACAGCAAGUUUGUUUCAAAGAGACAACUUGGAAUUCAACAGAGGUUAAUGAGGUGGCAGCAUUUGUUAAGAUAAAUGCAAAGUCUUACCCUAAUAUGGCAUCUUCGUUUUAUCCAAAACAUGGAACAUAGACCAGUACAGCACAAAAACAGGCCCUUCAGCCCACAAUGUUGUGCUGAUCCAAUUGAAUUAAAUGGCCAACUAAGCUAAUCUUUUCUGCCAACACAAUGUCCAAUCCUUCCAUUUCUAUUGCAUUCAUGUGCUUAUCUAAACAUUUCUUAAAGGUCCCUAAUGUAUCUGGCUCUAACACCACAUUCCAGGCACCCACCACUCUCUCUGUAAAAAAUACUUGCCCCUCACAUCUCCUUUGAACGUAUCCUCUCUCACCUUAAAUGCGUGCCCUCUGGCAUUAGACAUUUCAACCCUGGGAAAAAGAUGUUGUCUGUCUACUCGAUCAAUGCCUCUCUUAUUCCUAUAAACCUCUAUCAUUUUUCCCACAGCCUCUGCCGCUCCAGAGAAAACAACCUGAGUUUCUCCACCCUUUUGUUAUUGCAGGUGCCCUCUAAUCCUACCUGUAAUACCAAACUUUCAAUUUUUAGUGCUUUCAAUAACAUCAGCAAACUCGACGGCCUUGUCAAUAACCAUUUUGUAUUUAGCAGCAGCUACAUAUUUAAGUACAGAAUAAAUCAGGCAACACCCGUUAAAAACCUAUUCCCAUUUUGCUGGGUCUUGCUUUGAAUAUGCCUUUCUUUUAACAAAUUGACCUUAUCUCCAAAAGGACACAGAUCACGCAACUUAAAGUCUAGACGAGUGAACAAGACUUCUAUCCAAACCAAGGGCAUCUUUGACCUCAGAUAUUGGGCAAUUUGAUUCUUUUGAGUUCAAAAUCAGAAUCAGGUUUAAUGUUACUGACAUAUGUUGUGAAAAUUGUUGUUUUUUAGCAGUAAUACUGUGCAAUAUAUAAAAAUUUAAUACAGGUUACAAUAAGGAAAUACAAAAAUAAUUGAUUAGUGCAAAAAGAGUACAAAAUAGUGAGGUAGUGUUUAUCAGUUCAUGCGCCAUUCACGAAUAUGGUGGCAGAGAGGAAGAUGCUGUUCCUAUAAUGUUGAGUUUGUACCUUCAGGCACCUGUACCUCCUCAUUGAGAAGAGAGCAUGUACUGGGUGGUGGGGGUCCUUAAUGAGAGAUGCUUUUGUGCUAUCGUCUUUUGAAGGUGUCCUCAAACUGGAGUCAUGAUGGAGCUGAUUGAGUUUACAAUCCUCUGCAGCUUUUUCCAAUCCUAUUAGUGCCUCCAUACCAGGCGGUGAUGCAACCAGUCAGAAUUUUCUUCACAGUACAUCUGUAGAAAUUUGCCAGUGUUUAAUGUCUUUGCCAGAGUUUAGACAGAGUUCACCAAUCACUAGUCACUCCAUGCGAAGAUCCAUCGGCGGGCAGAUGCUAUUGAAUUAUAGACAUGAGUUUCCAGCAGCCAGCAAGACUCCAUACUACAAAUUAGGUCUAAGGUCAUGAAGAAAGUUUACACAGUACAAAGCAACCAGAAUAACUUAUUAUCAGUUUUGGAGGGAAAAGAACAGAUAUUGAAACAUUUUCAAAAAUAUGCUCUUUACAUAAUGUGCAAUCCCUAAAUAUAUUGCCCUAGCAAUAUAUGAUAGCUUUUUUGGAAUAAAUUUAAAAUCUCAAGAUCACUCAUAACUAACAGUCAGGUAUUUAUAGUCAAACAUUAAAACACUGGCCUAUUUUAGACUAACAAGUCAAAGUCAAAGUACAUUUAUCGUCAAAGAACUGUAAGUACACUAUAAACAUACAAUAUUGAGAUCUGUCUCCUUAUAGGCAGCCACAAAGCAGAAAAACCCAAUAGAUCCCAUUAGAAAAAGACCAUCAAACACCCAGUGUACAAAAAAAAAGAAUUGUGUAACCAACAGAAGUGAGUCUACAACCACCACUUACAGCCUGCACAUUGCAAAUCAUUUGAGAAUUAUGUUUAAAAGAGUAGAUUGGUUCUUGCAGAUUGGCAGAAACUCAGUAUUGGAAGCAUUGGGAAAAAAAAUGAAAUUCUUCCAGGCUCUCCAAAUUAAAGUGGCAGCAUUUUCUUUGAAAAUUAUUUCUAGUACUGUGUUCAUUGUUUGUGCUGUAGGAAGGUACUUAGCCUGUGAACACAUUUCAAAUUUCUCCCCGUCUAUUUUAAUCUAUUGUAACUUCACCUCAAUUAUUUCUUCCAAAUGUUGAAAUUUGCUCUUAACAAAUUAAUCUAUUUAAGAGGGACUAUGUUAUUGUAGUGUGCUGGUGCGUUUGCACAUGCAUGUGUGUUGGUUUGGAGGAGGAAUGGCAGUGAGCACAGUGAAGACAUCAGGUUCCCCACAGUUAAUGCGGCAGUCAAGUGACACAUAUUGUAGGUAAUGUCAUUGUCCUUUUUUGAUCCCAGUUUUCAGUUUUGCUGUCCUAGCUGGGCACAUUUCUCAUGCGUAGCUAGUUAAAAUAAUUAUCCAUUUAGAUACUGGAUGCAUCAUUGUAAAAUUCAACAACUUGAACCAUAUGAUGCUUAUAACUAUUGCAGAUACUGCUUAUUGUUCAUAUUGAGUCACUGGUCAUGUGUUCAACAAAUACACCAUGUUUUUAGAGAAACAGCAGAGUGACAGGCCUUUCUUGCCUAACAAGCCCAUCCUGCCCAAUUACAACCAUGUGAUCAAUUAAUUUACUAACCUGUAUGUCCUUGGACUGUGGGUGGAAACCAGGGCACCCAGUGGAAAUCCACACAGUCAUGGGGUGAACGUACAGACAGUGGCAGGACCUGAACCCGGGUCACCGGCACUGUUAAGCAAUGUGCUAACCACUCAACUACUGUAGCAAAUCCCUCCCCAACACCCAUCGUCUUGUAUCUGUGAUUGUCCCUACAAUAAUACAGUAUUUUCUAAUGAAGGGUCUCGGCCUGAAACGUCAUCUGUUUAUUCCCCUCCGUGGAUGCUGCCUGAUCUGCUGAGUUCCUCCAGGCAGCUUUGUGCAUGUGACUCUGGAUUUGCAGCAUCUGCAGAACCUCUUGUGUUAAUAACAUUUCCUGAUUAUUUCUAAUGAUUUCAACUUCCUAUCAAAUUAACCAUUUAUAAAAAAGGUAAAUUGGUGAGAAGUUACAUAGAAUCCGAUGCUCCUUUUAGAAGCAGCUUCCUUUUCAUAUGUUUUCCACUUUUUCACCCCAGGCCAUGCACUUCAAUGGAGGAGUUAUCACAAGCCAAACCUGUGCAGCUCGGUGAGUCCACAGGUGGUAGGUAGCGGUUGGAGUAGUUACCCUGUGGCAACAUUAACAAAGCCAUGCCAGAACUCACUAAGCUCAUUAGACACAUUAGCAGGAAAGUUGAGUGUGGGGUGGACACAGGUGUGAAAGGAAUUUACUUGCUCAUUCACUUGCGGAGAGGAUGUAGUGGGGGAGUCGAAGACCAGAGGGCACAGCCUCACCAUACAAGACAUACCUUUCGAACAGAGAUGAGCAGCAAUUCCUGUAGCCAGGAGGAAGUGAAUCUGUCAAAUUCAUUGCCACAGAUGGUCGUGCGUGCCAAGUCAUUGGGUAUAUUUAACGCACAGGUUGAUAGGUUUUUGAUUACUCAGGGCAUAGAAGGCAGGAGGUUGGGGUUGAGAGGUAUAAUAAAACAGCCCUGAUAGAAUGGCAGAACAGACUCAGAGGGCCAAAUGGCCUAAUUCUGCUCCUAUGUCUUAGGGUCUUGACGAACGCACAUGCAUCUUGUUUAUUUUUAAUGUUUAUUUCUAAUAUCAAAGUCCUUCAGGGGGAAUGAAAAGGCAAGAGUUAUUGAAUUCUGCUGAUCUAGUUAUAUUUCUGUGGGGUUUAAAAUAAACAGCAUAAAUGCUGUCAUAAAAAUGACAGCAUAAAUGUCUGUCCUUUGCCCAUUUUAUCUUUACUGAAACAAAACAGAUCAGAAUCCUGAUGAACAGUCUCCACAGAUGCUGCCUGACCUUCUCAGUUCCUCCAGCAUUUUGUUUGUAUUUCGUUAAAUCAAGGCAGCUCCGCUGCUGCUGCCAAGAAUGUUAAUGGCAAACGUCCAUCAAUCCAUAAGUGCCAGGAAAAAUCUUUAAUUUUAUCUGUAUGUAUUUAAGACUGUAAGACAUAGGAGAAGAAUUAGGCUGUUCAGCCCAUCGAGCCUACUCCACCAUUCCAUCAGGGCUGAUUUAUUACUGUGCUCUCUGGUCUUUUGAUCCCCCACCAUAGAUGAAUGAAAACUUGUAAAGAUCUCUGGUUAAAACAUUCCAAUCUAUGCUUGUGUGUUGUGGAUUUUUGAUGUAACUUGAUUAGAUUUUCAUUCCUCUUUUGAUGGCAUCUUUCUGGUUGCUCUGAGCUCAGUGCUGAUAUGGUAUUUUGAAAAUCAAAACUGUUUUAUGAAUCAGGCACGAUGUUUCAAGUGCAUGGGGAUUCCAGAUUAUGCUGACAGUUCAGUAUGACUGCACUCAUUUUGUGCAGUGGAGCUGAGCCAGGCAAAUGUAACCAACGUGUAGAAACUGAGUCACAGACACAAAAUGCCGAGGAACCCAACAGGUCAGGCAGCAUCUAUGAAGUGGAAUAAAUAGUUGAUGUUUCAGGCCGAGACCUUCUCUGUUGUUUAUUCCUCUCCAUAGAUGCUGCCUGAGUUCCUCAAGCAUUUUGUUGGUGCUACUUAAGAUUUCUUGCAUCUGCAGAAUUUCUUGUGUUUAUAUGGAAUCUGAAUUUUGUCUGCUGUCCCACUCCAGAAGUAGACAUACACAAGUGCACACACACAAAUCCACAUUCACACCCACCCCCCACAUUCAUAAAUGCACUCUCUCUCUCUCUCUCUCUCUCUCUCACACACACACACACACACACACACACACACACACACACACACACACACACACACACACACACACACACACACACACACACACACACACAGACA